AUGUCCCGACUGGCAGCAAGAAUACCCAAGGGAUCGUGGUGUACCCACAUGCACGUAGUGGAUCCUGGAACGUUUCCAUUAGACAAGGCUGCGCAAUAUACACCAUCGCCUCAUACGUUGGACGAAGCCAAGUCCUUCCUGGGCCGACUAGGAAUCGAGAAGAUGGUGAUUGUUCAACCGAGCAUCUACGCCGAUGACAACGCUUGUACACUGGACGGUCUUCGCCAACUCGGUACCACCAAUGGUCGUGCAGUGAAACAGUUCGAUCCAUCCGCGACCUCGCAGCUGCAGCUACAAGAAUGGCACGACCUUGGAGUCCGAGGAGUCCGCUUGAACUUCAAGAGCGUAGGGGCGACGCCUUCAGGUGAAGAACUGAAGCAGGCACUGCGGGCAUACGCAGAUGUCGUAAGACCGUUCGGCUGCCCAUUGGAGCUGUACAUUUCUCUGGAGAACGUGCCGCUCGUAGAUGCCAUAUCUCAUGAUUUGGACGAUACUAAGAUGGUCAUCGACCACUUUGCGCAUCCUACUGCAGCAUCGCUGAAGGGCGCCAAGUCUGCACACGAGAUCGAAGGUUUUCCGUCGCUUUUGAGCUUGCUGCAGAAGGGAACACUUGGGGACUCGAACGAUCUGAUUGUGGAAUCAUUGUGCAAGGAGAUCCUACGAGCGAGGCCGGAUCGCUGUGUCUUUGCGACUGACUGGCCGCAUACGAGAUUUGAGGAUGUUGCGAUUGCAGCGUACCUAGAGAAGAUUCUUGACUGGAUAGACGAGGAGGGUGUGAGUUUGUCGCAAGUGCUAGUUGAGAACGCCGAGGAGCUGUUCGAUGCCAGAAGAUAG